UCCCGCAACGCCCGGGUCCCGGGGAAGCAGUUCCGCCGCUUCCUGCGCGGGGCGGGCGGCAGCACGGCCGCAGGCAGCGAUGCCCGUGGAGCCCCUGAUCUGUGCCGACACGGCCACGCGGGUGAGCUCUGUCCUUAACCGCGAUGUGAAGCAGUUUGGGAAGAAGCACAUGUUCGACGCGAGCGAGGAGACGUGCUGGAACUCGGACCAGGGCACGUGCCAGUGGGUCACCCUGGAUUUCCCCCGCACCGUCAAGGUCUCGCAGCUCCACGUCCAGUUCCAGGGGGGAUUCUCCAGCCGGCUGUGCACGCUGGAAGGCUGCAAAGCAGGCAAAGAACUGGUGAAAAUAUCCGACCUGUACCCCGAGGACACCAACGCCAUGCAGAGAUUCCAGGUGGAGGAGACGGUGCUGGAUAAGCUGAAGAUCACCUUUGCAAACAGCACUGACUUCUUUGGGAGGAUCGUGGUGUACCACCUCGGGGUGCUGGGGGAGAGGCUCUAGGGCAGCAGCGAGGGACAGCGUGGGGGGCCGUUCUCCCACGGGGGCUCUGCUGCACGGGGGGAAAUGGGACAGCACACCCUGCCAGCGGGGAUGUGCUACCCCCAGUUGCACCCCAAGGUGCUGAGAAAGAACCCCCACCCCACGGGGUGGCAGUGACAGAGGGACACUGGUGCAGAGACCCACGUGCUGGACUUCCGAGCCUUUGGUGGGACACAGCCCGUGUAACUGGCCAAAUAAAUGGUGUCCCUGCUC